GAACUGCAGCGAAGAGUAGUGAAUAGUGAAUAGUGGUCUCGUCGGGUAAUCAUCUCUGCUUUACCCGCGAUGCCCUAUGAAUUUAUUUCACCUGUCAACUGUUUUGAGUCAAAACAGUAAUGAAAACAUCUCUGGGGGGGUUCGGGUCUCAGAAAUGAUAUACAAUUAAAUUCAAGAGCAUUAACAUCGAAUAAUUUAAUGGAGACGGACACUCCAGCAACGCUACAGGUGCAGGCCGACGGCGGCGCCGAAGAAGAAAACAGUGUAAUGCUCGGAGAUGGCGCUCGGGUGACCAAGAGGCCGCUCGACCGAGUUAAAGGGCCGUGGUCGCCGGAUGAGGACGCUAUGCUAAGUCAACUUGUGGGUAACUUCGGGGCCAGAAACUGGAGUCUCAUCGCCCGAGGAAUUCCCGGCCGAUCGGGAAAAUCUUGCCGCCUCCGUUGGUGUAAUCAGCUCGAUCCUGCUGUUAAGCGCAAGCCUUUUACUGAUGAAGAAGAUCGUAUCAUACUUCAGGCUCAUGCCAUCCAUGGAAACAAAUGGGCAUCAAUAGCAAGGCUAUUGCCAGGGAGAACAGACAACGCUAUCAAGAACCACUGGAAUUCCACAUUGAGGCGUCGCUGCAUGGAGCUAGGGAAGUCUAAGUUGGAAUCCAGCAAUGUGGCAGAAGAUGCAAGUGUUGAAAAAUCAAAGGCAUCUUCUGAAGAAACACCAUCAUGUGGAGAUGCAAACUCUUUCAAGUCCAGUGAAGGAAAAGAUGUGAGUUCUUUGGAACUAAUAGAUGAUAGCCCACAUGAAGAGAGAGCUCAGUCUGAAGUUCAACUCUGUGAGAAAUCAGUAGUCCCUCCUACUCUAUUUCGUCCUGUCGCUCGCAUUAGUGCAUUUAGCGUUUAUAAUCCUCUCGAUGGAGCAGAAAAUGUAUGUUUAUCUCCUAGGUUAGUUUCCUUCCAAGUGCCCUAUCUCCAAGCCUCAAAUCCAGAUGUAGGAAUCUGUAAAUUGCUCGAAGGAGCCUAUGCUGACCUAUUGGUACCUCACCGAUGUGGCCAUGGUUGCUGCGAGAUUUCCAGCAAGGUAGCACCAGUAGGCUCAUUGCUGGGCCCUGAAUUUAUUGACUAUACAGAACCUCCAUCCUUCGCAAGCCACGAAUUGGCAGCAUUAGCCGCAGAUAUAAGUAAUGUUGCUUGGUCUAGGAGUGGGUUGGAAAGCAGCAGCAUUAAAGCAAUGGACAAUACAGCGUGCGGGUUAUUCUGUGGCAGCAGUAAUCAACAAAUGAGACAUUUUGAGGACAGUGGAGAGAAUGAUAAUUCGAGUUUUGAAGUGGGAAAAAGUGAGUUAACGGGCAUCACUCCUGAUGCAUUAUCAGCCUCGAUGAGUAGGCAACCUCUACUAACACAAGAUGAAGUUGGGGGUGCUGAGUAGAUUUGAGCAAUUGCAUUUGUAUGAUUUACCAAAAUCUGAUAGCUAUGUAUGAAUUGGACGCAAUGAAGAUGAUUCUGCUCCUGAAAUCUUUAUUUCUCAUGGGAUUAGAAUCAUGCGAUCAAUAUCUUUAUUGCUUGUUGACUGGAAUGACAAAGUUGUGAGCAUAUAAGAGAGCUGAAUUCGCGGUCCCAUCAAUGGUCUUGAUCAGAAGUUGAUUAGUGUUUGCUUGUGCUAGUAGUAGAAUCAUAAGAUGGUAGGCUGUGUUGUGGAGGUGAAGAUUCAGUUCAGCAGCAAUACUUAACAGUCUUUAGUCCAUUUCUGCUGUAGGUCAUUUUUUUUUUCUGUUUUGGUUUUUUUUCCCUUAGGUAGUUUUCUUGUGACAGACCCAUUGAAUCCUGUUGUUUGUUUAUGUUCUUUGCUAGUUAACUAGUUAAAUGCCCGGUUAAUCUGAUAUGGGUCGAGAAAGUUCUAGUGUCUAAGAUACCAAGUCAUGGUCUUAGAUCAAUUGACUGUAACGAUCUUAUGUUCUUUAAUGGUUAUUCUGAUCCAUCUUGUUCUUUUA